ACAAGUACAAAAUACAAACCCGCCCCUCUCAUUUUCCUUUUACUUUCUCUCUCUAACCACCACCAACUGCUUAAACCACCUCUUUCUCUCUCUAAAAAACCCUGUUUUCUUUCUCUAAAAGUCCCCUGUUUUCUCUCUCUAAAAAUCCAUGUCCAGUUAAAACCAUUAGAUCAAAUGGGUAGAUACAUAAGGAAGUCCAAAACGACAUCCGAACUUGCCGUUAUGGACCUCUCUUUCGGUGUCCGUACCCGCGCCAAAACCCUCGCUCUCCAGCGCCAACAACGCCAACCUCCUCCUCCACCGCCACCUCCUUCGUCUCUUCCGCCGUCUCCGCCUAGCUCCUUCGGUUAUCUCCAGCUCCGUAGCCGCCGUCUCAAGAAACCGCCUGUUCUUGUACAUGUAACUAAGCGCCAGAAGCCUGGCCAUAGCCACAAUAGUAGUAAAAUAGGUCUUAACCCUAAUUUUAACAGUAACUUCAGCUCUAAUUCCUCUAAAUCCAGCUCAAAAGUCCGGGUCAGCCCGCCCGAUUCUGCGGGUGAUAUUGAUGAUAAUAAUAAUUAUAAGGGCAUUGAAGAGGCUUCUUUUGGUGAAAAUGUUUUGGAUUUUGAAGGUAGAGAGAGGAGCACUAGAGAAUCAACUCCUUGUAGUUUGAUUAGGGACCCAGAAAGCAUACGAACCCCUGGUUCAACUACUAGACCCAGCGCAACUGAAACUAACAGGAGAUUACAGAACUCCACGCCUAGGCACAUCCCGACAUCACAUGAAAUGGAUGAAUUCUUUACUGGCGCUGAAGAACAGCAGCAGAGACGAUUUAUCGACAAGUAUAACUUUGACCCUGUUAAAGACAAGCCACUCCCAGGACGGUACGAAUGGGAAAAAAUGGAUCCUUAGAAGACACUAACAGUCCCUGCAAAUUCUCGAUGGAUCUUGAACCUCGGGUUUUUUUUCCGGUUCGGAGUAGCAGGAAUUUAGUUAUAGUUCGUCUAACGGUGAUGGUGUUAUUUCCAUUUUCCGUCACCACCCACCUGUAAAAAAAGUAGGAUUGUGAAAAUUGUGUAGGACUAAUGUUCUGUAACAUAUAACAGGGGUUAGAGUUACACAACAGAUACAAAAUCAAAGUCCUCCUUUGUCUAACAUGUUAGACUCGGAGGGGAAGGGAAAAUUGGGUAGUAAGUUAAAAAUUAGGGUUAGGGUUAGGGUUAGGGUUCAGGUACAGAAAUUUUCUAGAUUUUAUUUUUGUACUGUAUUUUCCUCCCCCUUCUGCUGUUAAUAGUUGUAGUAAUGGAAGUAUUUGGAAUAAAUAAAGAUUGACCCAUUUCCCUCUCUUCUAA